UCUUCCUCUACACAGGUUUGGAUAAAUCUCCUCCAAUGACGGGAGAUAGAGAAGAGAUUUCGGGUCAUUGUGAAAUGUUGGUGCCAGGACACUGCAGCACAGCCCCCAUUCAAUUUAAUGGAACUAAGAUUUGACAGCAGUGGAUAGACCAUAAAUGUAAAUGUCCCAGAAAACCACUGGAAAAUCUCUUUAAUAUAUAUGAUAACUGCCUCUUCAAUGUUCAGCAUCUGACACCCAGGAGGAGCCGGAGAAGACGGAGGACCAGCCAAAGGAGGAGGAGACGGAUGGCGAGCCCAAGAAGAAGAGGGAGCAGACAGACAACAACCGGAGGGAGACCACUGAUGACGCUAUCCUACAGCCGGAGGAACGGGCCGCUUUUUACAGACUCCUGGUAUCUCCUGGCCAUGGUCCUCAUCUACUUCCGAAGAGCCAACCUGCGUAUCGAGGAAUAUAACACCUACUUCUUUCCAGCGCUCUUUCUUGCCAACCAGUUUGAAGAGGAUGAGAUGUUUCGACGCGAGAUCUACCCCUGGGCCCUCGGACCGAUGUGGACGGCGAUGAAGACCUGGAUGCUACACCUACGGAACCUGCUGCUCCUCCGGAUGAGAUUCCACGCUUGGGUGACCAGAGACACCUGUGAUCGGAUCAUGGCACAAGACCCCGAGUACUGGGCAUGGAAGAGAGAGCGGAAGGAACAUCACGGCUGGGCCAUACGCUGGUACCGGAGGGAUCCUGGAGAAUACAUCCCGAGAGGCCCAUGGUGGAUCCCUCCCGCCUGCUUCAUCUGUAUCACCGAUCUGCAGCCUUGUGUCGGGGAAGAGAACACCAAGCGAAGAAGGACGAAGAAAGAAGAACAGAAUGGAUGA